UCCAUGUUUGUUUUUAAAAAGAAACUAUGGUGACACUGAAACCGAAGGAGAGAUUUAUAAUUCCUUAGUUCAGUAUUUUGGUGAUAAUUUGGGGCGAAAAGUGAAAGCGAUGCCCUUAGUUGAAGAAACUUCUUUUCUUGAGGAUUCAUCAGUGACUUUGCCUGUGGUAGUAAUAGGAAAUGGACCCUCAGGGAUCUGCCUUUCUUACAUGUUAUCAGGCUACCGACCAUAUUUAUCAUCAGAAGCAAUACAUCCAAAUACAAUCUUACAGAGUAAAUUACAAGAAGCAAGACAUCUUUCCCUUGUUGAUCAGGACUUAGAAUACUUGUCCGAGGGCCUUGAAGGCCGAUCAUCCAAUCCAGUUGCAGUACUGUUUGACACACUCCUUCAUCCAGAUGCUGACUUUGGGUAUGACUAUCCAUCUGUUUUGCAUUGGAAAUUAGAACAACAUCAUUAUAUCCCUCACUUAGUUCUUGGUAAAGGCCCACCUGGUGGAGCUUGGCAUAAUAUGGAAGGCUCCAUGUUGACAAUCAGCUUUGGAAAUUGGAUGGAGCUCCCUGGACUUAAAUUUAAAGACUGGGUAACUAGCAAACGAAGGAACCUAAAAGGGGAUCGCGUUAUGCCAGAGGAAGUAGCUCGCUACUAUAAACAUUAUGUGAAAGUCAUGGGUCUUCAGAAGAACUUCAGAGAGAAUACUUACAUUACCUCUGUGUCCAGACUCUACAGAGACCGGGAGGAGGAUGGUGGUCAGGAUGCAGCUAUCCCAGCACAGCAUUCACAGAUGGAGAAGUCCAAGUUUAUCAAGAGAAACUGGGAGAUCCGGGGCUAUCAGCGAGUAGCAGAUGGCUCCCAUGUUCCCUUCAGUCUCUUUGCUGAGAAUGUAGUUCUGGCAACGGGAACAUUGGACUCUCCUGCCCGUCUGGAGGUUGAAGGGGAAGAUUUUCCUUUUGUGUUUCAUUCACUGCCUGAAUUUGGAGUGGCUGUAAGCAAAGGAAAGUUGCGUGGCCAAGUGGACCCAGUGUUAAUUGUAGGUUCUGGGCUCACUGCAGCUGAUGCAGUGCUGUUUGCUUACAACAACAACAUCCCUGUGAUUCAUGUAUUUCGCAGACGAGUAACUGAUCCAAGUUUAAUUUUCAAGCAGCUUCCUAAAAAGCUAUAUCCAGAAUACCAUAAGGUCUAUCACAUGAUGUGUACGCAGUCAUAUUCUGCAGACUCGGAUCUUUUAUCUGAUUACACCAGCUUUCCUGAGCACCAUGUGCUUUCCUUUAAGUCGGACAUGAAGUGCAUCCUUCAGAGUGUCUCUGGAUUGAAGAAAAUAUUUAAACUUUCUGCAGCAGUGGUGCUGAUAGGUUCUCAUCCCAAUCUGUCUUUUCUGAAAGAGCACGGCUGUUACCUGGGCCAUGACUCAGGCCACCCGAUCACUUGUAAGGGUAAUCCUGUGGCGAUAGAUGCGUACACCUACGAGUGUGUUCAAGAAGCCCACCUUUUUGCAUUGGGUCCUUUAGUUGGAGAUAAUUUUGUUCGAUUUUUAAAGGGAGGGGCACUGGGUGUUACACACUGUUUAGCAACAAGACAGAAGAAAAAGCACUUAUUUGUUGAAAGAGGAGGAGGAGAUGGGGUAGCUUGAAGCAGGUUUACAAGUAAUUUAUAUGAAUAGUUCACCAUUAAAGAUUUUUAACUUUU